GGUCUACGUUGCUGUAAUCUUCGAUUAUCAUUCAUUAUCGCUUGUCGUCAUGUUAUUAUUAUUUUGUGGACGACAGUAGUGUUUUGUUGCCUUCCUAAUCAUUAUUAUUUUCACGUUUAUCAUUUUUUAGUAUUAUAAUUUACAUUUACGUUUUCCAUCCGCCAGUUCUCUAGACGUUUCGUCUCGCGUUCAGCUUUGUUUUAUUUACCGUCCGACAGGCAAAUCCUGUCCACCGAUCUUUUUUUAUUAAAUUAUUAGUCAAACGUAAUACAGGUGCGAGGAAUUCGGUUUCGACAUUUGACCACUAUCAGCCACAACCAACCUGCCUACAUCGGUUACCUACACACAUAAUUCCUUAUUUAGAACUCCAUUAAUUCGAAGGUCUACAGUUUUCUUCUACUUCUAUUUUUUGUUAUGUUAUUUAUAAUUGCUUUUUGAUCGCGACGUAUAUCUCAUUGUUUGUCAACAUAUCAUAUAUUCGUAGAACACUAGAUUUGCGCUAUCAUGAUUUAUUACACGAUGACUUAUACCACUGUAUUUUCCAAAAAACUAAAAUUAUAUUCUCAACAUUUUAAACACAUGUCGAGUUGAUAAUAAAUGAAAAUUUAAUUUAUGGUUGUCGCGGUUGUCAGUGUGAUGGAUAACUUUACGCCACAAAUUCAGCAAAGUAAACUCAUCAGACCACCUACACUAAAACGUGGACGGUCUAGUGACUCGCAGAGUAGCAAAAUAAAACUAGAAAGAGUAAUAGGACUAACAGUAUCCACCAAUUCUUCAUUAGAUGUCGAUGGCAAUACUGGAACAAUUGCUUAUCCAGCUGGAUGCACUGUGGUUUUCCAUAAUCCAGUUUUGGGCACAGAAACACACCUAUCAAAUGUUUGCAGAAAAUCGAUAACGUGUUUAACUUUCUCUUCUGAUGGCCGAUAUCUUGGUACUGGAGAAUGUGGCCAUCAAUCAAAUGUAAGAGUUUGGGAUAUGAAUGAUUACUCACAAGUAGCAGAAUUUCCAGGCCAUAAAUAUGGCAUUAAUUGUGUGGCAUUUUCACCAAACCAAAAGUAUUUAGUCUCUGUUGGAUCACAACAUGACAUGAUAGUAAAUGUUUGGGAGUGGAAAUCUAAUUUAAAAUAUGCCUCUAAUAAGGUUUCUGCAAAAAUCAAAGCCAUAGCUUUUUCAGAUAAUGGUAACUUUAUAACUAUUGGUAACAGACACGUCAAGUUUUGGUAUUUGCAGUCUUCUAGAUCAGUAACGUAUAAAGAACCAGUACCUUUGAUGGGCCGCUCUGCAAUUUUAGGAGAACAACGGAAUAAUGAUUUUGUUGAUGUUUGUUGUGGGUGUGGAGAUCUAAAGGAUUACACAUAUGCAAUUACAAAAUCAGGAUUGUUGUGCGAGUUUAAUAAUCGUAGAUUAUUAGACAGAUGGGUAGAAUUAAAAACUACCAGUGCCAAUUGUAUGACAAUUGGAAAUAAUUAUAUUUUUGUUGGUUGCGCUGAAGGAAUUGUGAGAUGUUUUAAUCCUGGAACUUUACAGUUUGUAACCACAUUACCAAGGACUCACUAUUUGGGUGUGGAUGUGGCUCAAGGACAUGAUAUUAGUCAUAUGGCGAGUAUUCCGUCUAAUGCUAAAUACCCAGAUGCCAUUGCAUUAGCUUACGAUGAAGUCAAUACAAAGCUUACAUGUGUUUACAAUGACCAUAGUUUAUAUAUCUGGGAUGUAAAGGAUAUUAAAAGAGUGGGGAAGUCAAAUUCCUUUUUAUUUCAUUCCGCAUGUAUAUGGGGUGUUGAAAUGUAUCCUGAAUUAGAGCAAAAUUUACAUGUACCAAAAAAUUCAUUUAUAACAUGUUCAAGUGAUGAUACGAUUAGAGUUUGGAAUUUGGAUAAAAUAGAUUUUGAUAACAGUUCACUUUACCAGAAGAAUAUUUACAGCAAUGAGCUAUUAAAAGUUAUAUAUAUUGAUCCAGAACUAAAUUUCCUUAAAAAUACAGAUUUGAGUUUAGUAGAUAAAACUGAUUCGUCAUCAUAUGAUGGAAGAAAUGGAGUUCGAGCCAUACGAAUCAGUCCGGAUGGUGUACAUCUUGCUUCAGGCGAUCGCUCUGGAAAUAUUCGAGUACAUGAUUUAAAGACAUUAAGAGAAGUUUGUUUGAUCGAAGCACAUGAUGCUGAAGUUUUAUAUCUGGAUUAUAGUAAAUAUAAUGAUAAGGUGAAAUUGUUUGCUUCAGCUUCUAGAGAUCGUCUGAUUCAUGUAUUUAAUGUUAACAAAGGCUAUGACUUCACUCAAACAUUAGAUGAUCAUUCUUCAUCUAUAACGGCAGUUCGAUUUAUAAACUCACAGAAUAAACUUCAAAUGGUUUCUUGUGGAGCUGAUAAAUCAAUUAUAUUUCGAAACUUUAAUGAGGCGGCUGACAAGAAUCAAGGCGGUUUUAUUCAUGAUCAUUCUGUUUCUGGAAAAACUACUUUUUAUGAUAUGGAAGUAGACCCUAAACAAAAGCAUAUUAUGACUGCUUGUCAAGACAGAAAUAUCCGUGUUUACAACACCACUUCAGGAAAGCAUACGAAAACAUUUAAAGGAUCUGUGGGAGACGAAGGGUCUCUUAUUAAGGUUGUAUUAGAUAGAAGUGGAUCAUACAUUGCUACGAGUUGUACUGAUAAAACGUUGUGUGUAUACGAUUAUCUUGCUGGUGAAUGUUUGACUACCAUGUAUGGACAUUCUGAAUUAGUAACUGGGCUAAGGUUUACUAAUGACAGCAAGCAUUUGAUAUCUGCCAGUGGAGAUGGUUGCAUAUUUGUAUGGCGUAUGCCUUCUGAGAUGGUUAAAGCUACAAAUUUAUCCAAAAGAACUCGGCCUGAAAGAGCACCCAAACCCACUAUUAUUGAAAAUGAAAAUGUACCACCGUAUGUACAUAAAAUAGUAGAAGAUAAAGAAAACAACUCUUUUAGCAUUCCUGCAGAUGGUCAGUUACCCUUAUGGGCUAAAAAACAAGUUGUUUCUGAUUAUAUUCAACCGGAUGCUCAAUUAAAUAUUUCUAUUAACCGAAUUAAUGCACCUAAAGGGCAGUGGGCUCAAAGGGCAACUAAUCCAUCAGAGCCCAGUAGUAUUUUACAGUUAGCUAUCAACAAAGAUGAUUCUGAUUGUUUUAAGGAUGAUAGCUCAGUGGACAGUGGAACUGAAACUAGUAGAUCAAUUUAUCCCGAAAGUCAAAAAGAAUCCUUAAUUAUUCCGAAAAAGACAAAACGUAUACCACCAGUGUUCGUAUCAAACGACUUUGAUGAAAAUUUAACAGCACAAUUAGUGUCUGAGAAAUCAAGUUCUCAUAUUUCAGAUAUUCACCGUGUUCGUAAUUUGACUGAUGAUAGCUCAUUAGGCAGUUUUAAAAAUGAAGAAUUAGAAAGUAAUGACCAUGAUGGAGAUAUUGAGGAUUCUGAGGGUGAAUGGGCAACAAAUGGAAAAGUUAAUAAUCCUAUUUUAUACUAUCCUUCAAAUACUGAUGAUCUUGUCAAUGAUUAUACAAUUACCAAGUUAGAUUCCGAUACUGCUAUUCGAAUGUCUCAAAGAAAAUCGAAGGGAAUUAAACCAAAAGAUCGGUUUUUAUCACCUGGAGUCGCUGACUUGUCUAGCCACUCAAUGUCUGGUAGCCAAGGUAGUGAUGAUGAAGAUGAUGAUGCAACUUCUACACCAAGUGGUGAUAAUUCUGAUAAGAGCAAUUUAAUGAUUUUUUCUACAAGCACCGAGAGACUAGAUAUGAUUGAAAAACGUGAACAGUUUUUAAAAAAUACUUUUGAAUCGCUUGGUGAAGGUGAACAAGAAUUCCAUGACCCUAAAAACAAUUAUCCAACUAAAAGAAGUAUAUCUUCUCAGUAUAAAGGGUCAACAGUACAACAAAACACCAACAUUGAAUCUCAAAGCAAAAGAAAUGAACUUCAACAAAGAAUUGAAGAAACUAGAAGAACUUUACAAAAUUUGGGUAAUCAUUCAAACUUAAAAACUAGUCAAAGUAUUUGUGAUUUAAGCAGAAAUUUUGGAAAAUCACCUUCCAAACUCCCUGUUCGCAACAAUCAAUUAACAGUUGAUAAUCACAUAAAUAUGGGCGGGUCAAUACGAAGAGUCUGUUCCUUAACAGACUUAUCUGCUUCUACACCCUCUAGAAAUGGUCAUACAAAUGGUUCAUUUAAUAAUAAUACAAAACCAAUGCCAAGAAGCUUAUCAAAAAAACCUAAGCCAACACUAAGCAGUAUGCAAAGAAGUAAUUCAGUAAAUGUUUUGGACCAGAGUGAUUCCGAGAGUGAUGCCAGUCAACAAACUAAUGGCAGUGGAACUAUAACCUCAGCAAUACCUACAAGAAUUAUGAGACCAACAAUCUCAUCUCAAAACAAAGUUAUUGCUAACAAGUCCAAUAUUUUACGGAGAAGAAGUUCUACAGCUUCACAAUCAACAACUGCUUUAAACGUAAUAGGUCACAAUGAAGAUUCAAGUUCAGAAGAAUUUUUUACAUCACUACGUAACAGAGCAAUUCUAAUAUCGUCCCAAUCUAAAUUAUAUGCUCCUGAAAAACCCAGAAGAAACACUACAGCUCUUACUCGUAGUGUGAGUGAAAUGAACUUAAAAAGUCCAUCUAACAAACCAUCCGAUAAACCACGAAUUCGGAAUGACUUAUCUUUAAAACUAAAAAUGAAUGGUUCUUUAAGCCAACAAAAGAACUUAAAAAAUCAUUUAUCUUUGAUGGCUAAUCAAUUGUUUCAAACUGCCGACACAAUUUUAGAGCAUUUGAAUGGUAUUAAUGUUACAGACAAUAAACGAAUAACUAAAGGAGACAUUGCUACUGUAGUUAAUAAACUAGAACAAAUUGUUGACAAUGGAGGUUUGUUUUCUCAACAAAGUUCUAGUACAUCGCUCAGCAACACACAACAAUAUUUAGAUGUGCUUGUAGAUUUGGUCAAAAAGCGUUCGUCACUUACUGACAUGUGAAUUUUUUAGUCCUACAUUGGUCAACUAUAUUCUGUAUACAUAAUUCGUUAGAUCGUUGGGACAGUAACACUUUAUUUUAAAGUACCUAAACAUUAAUAUAUAUUUAUGAUUAACUGUAUAGUUACGUACAUUCAUUUUUAAUAAUGUCAGUAACCAUAUGCAAUUUCGCUAUUAAGGUUUUAAUUAUAAUAAUAAAUUUAAAAGUUAAAAAAAACUAUAAAAUACUAAGAAAUGUAGUUAAUUGUAUUUUAAGUUAAAUUAUUUUUAUCAUUGGAAAAUUUUUAAAGUCAUGCAUUCUGCGUCUUUUUUAGCUCAUAUUCUGAGAAUAUUUUUUUAUCAUAUUUUAGUUUUUUGAAAUGUUAGAAUUUUUACCAAAGAAUUAUACAGCGAUUUUUUUAUUUAUGUAAAAAAAAUUUUAUUGUUAUAAUUUUGACUAGAUUAGCUUGAGUUCCUGAUGUUCAUAUUUGUACAUGUCAGUUGGUCAAAAGAGCUGUUAUUUGUAACACAUUUUAUGUUUUGAGAUUCAUAUUGUGCAUCACAAAAGCAAUAAUUACUGUAAUCAAUUGAGCUCCAAAGCCAACUAACUACAAACAUAUUUUUAAGUGUAUGCCGAUAGGUAAUGUGCCUUAUUUAGGAUUUAACUUUGAUGGAACUAAUAGACUAAUAUUUUAUAAUCCGUCCAAAAUAAAUUUAUAUUUAUAUACAUAUAUUUACAUAUAUAAUUUUUAACAUUCCUUCGUCUAUUGCUUUAUUUUUAAAAUAGAAUAAUUAUAAUAAUAAUUGUAUUUUAUUGUUAAAUGUUGUAUACUUAUAAUAUAUCCAGUUGAAUUUCUAAACUAUGUUCUUGUAGUAAUGUUACCUUUUUUAUAUAUUGUUAAACUAUAUUUAUAUGAAAACAUUUGAGUACUUAAUCAUUUUGUGGCUGUAUUUCACUGUUGUAACACAAUCGAAUUUAAUGUUGCUUAAUGUGCCUUUUAUACUACUAUUACUAGUCAUUUAAAGUAAUACAGCUUUUAAAUUUAAAUAAUUGUAGUAUAAUUAGUACUUGUACUUUUUUAAUCAUUAAAAUGUGGCUGACAAUGUAUCAUAUAUAUUAUACUGUCUAAUAUGAUUGUAUAUUAUUUAGAAUGUAUUGUAACUUUAAUUUUUCUCUAAGCCAUUCGAAU